AACUCAAGCACAAGUAUGGGGCAUCUCUUUAUUACUACUGCGCUGCUUAGUGUAUUGGUGGCGACAGCCUGGUCGGCCAUUACCUUCAAUUUGAAGGAAGUCCACACGCAGGAGCAGCUGGUGGGGCAAUCUAGGCCCUUACCUGCGGCUAGAGGUGGGAAUAUCAUGGAUCCCAAUGCUCUGGCCAAGAACAAGUAUACGCCACCGGAGGAGAAGGACGCUCAGUUCUGGUAUGAUAUUGCCAAUGAGGAGAUUGCCAAACGUUUGGCCUUGCCGCAGGCCGACAAGAGGAAGGCCAAGAAUUUAAUUAUGUUCCUUGGCGAUGGAAUGUCGUUAACAACAAUCGCAGCUGCCAGAAUUCUGAAGGGUCAACUGAAGGGCAACACUGGAGAGGAGGAUGCCCUCAGCUUUGAGAAGUUCCCCUACACGGGAUUGAGUCGGACCUAUUGCUCCAAUGCUCAAGUGCCAGACUCUGCCUGCACUGCCACCGCCUAUCUGUGUGGCGUCAAGACCAACAUUGUCGCCCUGGGCAUCACGGCCAACGUGAACUUCAACAAUUGCAGCGGCAGUGAGGAUCCCGCCAAUCAAGUGAGCUCCAUUGCCGCCUGGGCUCAGGCAGCGGGCAAGGGCAGUGGAAUCGUGACAACGACAACUCUGACCCAUGCCAGUCCCUCGGGCGCCUAUGCACACUCCACCAAUCGGUUCUUUGAGUCCGACACGGACAUUGUUGCCUAUGGCGAGGAUCAGAACUUCCCCGAGUCCUGCACGGAUAUUGCCCAGCAGUUGAUUACCAAGGAGCCGGGCAAGAAUUUUGAUGUGAUGCUGGGCGGCGGCAUGGGCAAAUUUUUACCGAAAUCUAUCACGGAUAAAUUCGGCAAUCAGGGUGAACGGUCUGAUGGCGUCAAUCUGCUAUCCAGGUGGCAAUCAUUGCAUCCGGAUGGAGCUCUGGCCUACAAUCGCAAACAGCUGCUGAGCGUGAAUCCUAAGAACACGCCUCGAUUGAUUGGACUCUUCAAUUCUGGUGUCAUGGACUUCCACAAAUUGGCCGAUCCGGAAAAGCAGCCCACAUUGGAGGAGAUGACCAAAAAAGCCAUCGAGGUGGUCAGCCAGAAUCCCAAUGGCUACUUUCUGUUCAUCGAGGGUGGCCUCAUCGACUACGGUAAUCAUUUCAAUGUACCUCAGAUGGGACUUGACGAGGUGCACGAGCUAUCCAAGGCUGUCGAAACGGCGCUGGGCAUGACAAAUCCCAACGAAACUUUGAUUGUGGUCACCUCGGAUCAUGCCCAUCCGCUGUCCAUCUCUGGCUAUCCAGGUCGUGGUACAAAUAUUCUGGGGCUCAAUCAGCACGAUACCGAUGUCAAUGGCGUCAGGUAUGCCACCUUGAAUUAUGCCGUCGGUACCAAUCCGUAUCUGGAUGAGAAUGGCAAGCGCGUGCCGCUCGAGGAUAAAAUCGAUGAUCCCUCGUUCGUCUUUCCGAGUUAUAUAACUGGCAACAUCGGCGUGCAUUCCGGUGAUGACGUUGGCGUCUUUGCCACCGGUCCUCAGAGUCAUCUAUUCUCUGGUGUUAUGCAACAGCACACCAUACCCCAUCUCAUGGCCUAUGCCGGCUGCAUUGGCAAUGGACCCACUGUCUGCGAUAACUGAACCACUGAAACUAGGAAUGCUU